AUGAGUCGCCGCAACUCAUCCCAGGGCGUGUUCUCCGUUCCAUUCGACCGCUUCGUCAAGGAUGAGAUUUCAGACUGGGCCAGCGGCUUCACUCUGCUCGACACCAUGGAGACCUAUUUCGACUCCCACCUUGACCUCUUCCAGCGGCAGCUCGCGAAGCACAGCGACCGCCUCAAGCUCAAGACCGAAGAGCGAAUCAACAACCUGAAGAAGGACGUCCUCAAGGAUGGUGUCUUCAAGGUCAUGCCUGUCUCCAAUGUCGCGCUCGACCGGGAGCUGCACCGCUACAAGCUAAAGGUCUCCCAGCGUUUGCUCUCAAUCACGCAAACAUGGCACUCCGCCAAAGUCAUCCGAACUCGCGAGAAGGUCACGUUCUUCAUGGCCGUGAUGUCUCUUCUCAUCACCGCUCUGUUGUGGGGACUGGCUCCCGAAUGGAUACACGUCUUCUACUCCGUCCAGGCGGCCUACUACCUCCCUCUCCGUGUCUACAUGUACAAGAAGCGCACGUGGCACUACUUCCUCUUCGACCUCUGCUACUACACCAACGUCCUCGACCUCAUCUUCAUCUGGAUCACUCCAACAAGUGCGGCACUGUUCGUGGCCUGUUACUGUAUCUCUAUGGGCUCUCUUGCCAGCGCGGUCAUCACAUGGAGAAAUAGCCUCGUGUUCCACGAUUGGGACAAGGUCACGUCCCUCUUCAUCCACAUCUAUCCUCCGCUGGUUUUCUCUGUCAUUCGCCACUAUUAUCCGAAUGCACACGAACGGUUCCCUGCACUUCGCGAGGUGCCCCAUAUGGAUCCGUUCCGCGCGCUUCUCCUGAGCAGCAUCAUCUACCUUAUCUGGCAGCUUCUGUACUGGAAGUAUGUCCUUAUUGAUCGGCGCGCCAAGGUCGUGUCUGGCCAGCGGAUGACGUCCUUCAUGUGGCUCCUCAACGACAAGCGCGGUGCCAUCGGCCGCGCGCUUGCCGCCGUUCCGCCUGAACGCAGAGAGGUCUCCUUCAUGGCCGGCCAGUUCGUGUACUCGAUCAUCACGGAACUGCCGGCAGUCUUCCUGUUGUACGACAGUGCGUUCUGGAGUUCAGCGUACAUCCUACUCUUGUUUUCGGUCUGCACAUGGAACGGUGGCGGGUUCUAUAUCGAGGUCUUCGGCCGCAAGUUUGAGCGGGAGUUAGAAGCCCUUCGCAAGGAGCUGGCUGAGGUCAACGCCCGGUCUGAGCGGUCAAGCCCCACCUUCGGUCCUCUCAGUGACGACGAACUCUCGACCGUCGGAAGCUCACCGAAGGCUCUCUCGCCUAUUGUUGCCGGCAUGGACCCCGUUGAAGCCAUCCCGCCGCUCAGUGGCAACGGCUACGUCAAGAGCGACUCGAUCUAG